AGCGGCGGGCGGCCAGGCGGCGGGCGCGAUGGCGGACGAGGAGGCGGAGGAGCCCGGUUCGGUGCCCAGUGUGGUGGGCCCCGCGGGCCGGAGCGGAGACAAGAUGUUCACGCUCAAGAAGUGGAACGCCGUGGCCAUGUGGAGCUGGGACGUGGAGUGCGACACCUGCGCCAUCUGCCGGGUCCAGGUCAUGGAUGCCUGUCUUCGGUGUCAAGCUGAAAAUAAGCAAGAAGACUGUGUUGUGGUCUGGGGGGAAUGCAACCACUCCUUCCACAACUGCUGCAUGUCGCUGUGGGUGAAACAGAACAACCGUUGCCCACUUUGCCAGCAAGACUGGGUGGUGCAGAGAAUAGGCAAAUGAGAGGCUGGCUCAGCACUCCGUGUGCAGGGAUACUGUCAAUAUUUAAUUUGCUGGGAGCCCAGUUUGCCCUUUUAUGUGAAACAGGGCACUGUAACAUUGCUGUUUCAUUCAUCAUUUAUGCAGGUUUAUCAGCCAAUGUGCAAGGAAUAAUAAUAAUCCUUACGUUCACCAGUGAAUGUCUUGUAUUUAUUAAAAGUUAUAAAUAAAUGAUUUUGUAACCUUGUUCAGCUGUAUCAUUAUGUGUAUUGGGUUCUGAAAGACAUGGUGACUCUCCAACCCGACUGAUGUUUCAAUGUAUGUUUUGAAAUUAAAAUGUGCAUAUUUUGGCUAUGUUAGAAAA